CCACAUCAAUAACAGUUGAUCCAAGAUGGCGGCCGAGGGCGAGUACGAGUCGAUUCUGUGCGUGAAACCUGAUGUCAACGUUUACCGCAUCCCUCCGCGAGCUUCAAACCGCGCAUACAGGGCGGCUGACUGGAAGCUGGAUACUCCAGACUGGUCUGGACGAAUGAGGAUCACAGCGAAGGGCAAAGUGGCGUUCAUCAAACUGGAGGACAAAAUCUCAGGGGAGCUGUUUGCUCAGGCGCCGGUGAGAGAGUAUCCCGGUGUUGUGGUGGAAACGGUCAGCGACUCCAGCCGGUACUUUGUUCUGCGGAUUCAGGAUGAUAAUGGUCGCAGCGCCUUCAUCGGAGUGGGCUUCAGUGACCGAGGGGACGCCUUCGAUUUCAACGUUUCCUUACAGGAUCACUUCAAGUGGGUCAAACAGGAGGACGAGAGGAGUAAAAGCUCUCAUCUCGGGGACUCGGGACCUAAACUGGAUCUGGGCUUCAAAGAUGGUCAGACCAUCACACUGAACAUCGGGCAAGGUAGAAAGAGGGAUAAGCCCCGCCCACAAGGCUCAGGGGGCUUUGGACUCCUCCCACCACCGCCUGGAGGCAAGAUAGCCCCUCCCCCUUUGUCAGGCUCAUCCAAUCACAACACAGUUCCUCAAACAGGAGGCAUGGCAACCGGCUGCCUGUUGGAGCUGGACAGCAGUAACUCCAACACCGUGGUUCAGUCCAACGCCUGCUCGGAUCUUUGGGGAGACUUCUCUGCACCCGCCAGUUCUGUUCCACCACAAUCGAGACCACAGGACGGGGGAAACUGGAUGCAGUUUUGAUUGGUCGUCUGCGGCUGUGACAUCGUGUUUGACUUCCAUCUCAUACCGCUUCCUGUGUCUGUAGCUUCCUGUGCUUCACACCCAGAUUCACUCCUAACCAAUCCCAUCGCAGAGCUGUAGAGACACCUCAUCACGUCGUGACUUCAUCCUGAGAGAAGGAGCCACUUCCUGUUCUGUUUAAGGGCUAAUGUGUGACUUCCUGUUCUGUGUGUCUGCACUGAGCUUCAGCUCUGAUCUGCUCUCUGUUUGUUAAUGCAGCAGCAGCUCCCUCUGCAGGCGCUGUGGGGUACUACAGCUCAGGAACAAAAAAACCUGCUGUGAGUUGUGAAAUGUAAGACGCAUAUCAAAGAAGAACGUCCUUAUAUUUAAUUUAUCCUUGAAUUGGCACUUACACAGACUUACUCUUUCUUGAUUGGCUCGCCUGUUUGACCUUAGAGAACACUUUCUGACACACCGCUCACCUGAUGGUUUGAACGACCUCCUUUACCCCACUCUGUGAAUGGUGGAGCAGCGCAGCCUCGUCCAUACGUCUUAAAAAUAUGUUUCUCUGCAAACUGCUACAAAUACAAAUAAGUGCAAAGAUAAUGUGCUUAAAAAUGUGAAUUCAAAACAGCAACAACAACAGAUGUGCAUGGACUAAAUGUAAAUAUAUACACUCCUGAUGAUGUCUAGAUAACAUCUGGAGGACUGCAGCUGAUCUGACGGGGGGGGGGGGGGGGUCUCCUGAGGUAAGACUUGAUGUAAAAAGAACGAUGUGGAACCAGCAGAGUCCUCCAUAGGACUCUAUGAUGAGAAUAUGUGUGUUUGUAUCAAUGCUGCAUGUAGUUGAAGAGAAUCUCAAAGUGAACUAAAGAGAGGAGAAGAACAAACUGGAGAACAGGAAACAUGCAGCAGCAGGUUGAUUAGAGCACGGAGAUGGUAGAGGUGGCGUGCAGACAGUCUAUGGUCGUGCAGCGAUCACAGGGAAUAAAGGUCACCACCCCCUCCCACUGGCCCCUCCCACUGGCUCCAGGUGAAUUCUCCUGAUUAUAUCCUGCUGUGUUCUCACAUCAGCUCACUCUGACUUUCUGCAGAAUAAAUACGAGGAGGCUGAAGAGAGAAACUCCAGGUGGAUGUUUGCUCCCCCCGGCGGCUCGUUAGCUUAGCAUAAAGACUGGAAACAAAAGGGAAACCGUUAGCAUGUCUCUGCCCAUUAGUAACAAAAAUAAAUUAAGAUAAAGAUUUAUUGGAUGCAAAAUUAAAAACCAGGAAGUAAAAGGCUUAAAAGAGUCUCAGAGUGAAAUCAUGUAAACCCUUAAAGAACGUCCCUGAUGCCUUUCUCGCCGUGUGACUUAAACAUGACAUGUUUUCUUUUUGUCCUCGAAGAGAUUUGAAGAACAACAGGAAGUCUUAUUCCACGUGAUGAAUGUGAUGAUGGCAGCGGAUGAAAUGUUAGUUUAGGUUGUGAUUGUGUGUCCUGAUGGCGUCUCUGAGACGUUGUGAUUGUGUGUCCUGAUGGCGUCUCUGAGACGUUGUGAUUGUGUGUCCUGAUGGCGUCUCGGAGACGUUGUGAUUGUGUGUCCUGAUGGCGUCUCGGAGACGUUGUGAUUGUGUGUCCUGAUGGCGUCUCGGAGACGUGUGAACGCUCCCUCUGGACUGGAUGAAACAGUGUGUUGUGUUUCCAUUGCUUUGCGUGUUUAAAACACGUCUUCUCACUCGUUCCCCUUCAGGCUGAGAAACUGGACGACUAACACUUUUGAUUUCUGAGAAAGAGGCAAUAAAUCCUUUUGACAGGAA